CUGGAACCAGUAGCGUCAUGAUGCACUUGUCACAACAUUCAGGACUAGCUGCCUUGGGUCUCUACUUCCCCCGAAAGGAAUACUCGGAGAAUGUCUACAUUGACCAGGCAGCAGGAACGCCGCUCCUGCACAUCCGUGCCUUGAGGGACUCUCAUGGGGAAGUGGCCCACUUCCACCUGUGCCAGAAUCUCGUCAUUUCUCGAGCAAGAUCCCAUGAAAAUCACUGGUUUCAAAUCAGAGAAAAAACUGGACUUCUCUACCUCAGUAAGAACCUAGAUAGAGAAGACUUCAAUAUGCUGUCUGUAGGCAACUGGAUGUCAUUGUCGAAGGUGAUGCUGUAUGUCUUCCUUUCAUCCCAUCCUUUCCAAGAGAAGGAAUGUGACUCUGCUACUCGUACCACAGUAUACCUCUCCCUGAUCAACGCUACUGCCCCUGCAUGCAGCUCCCUGACAGCGAGGCAGCUUUGCUUCACAGAAAUGGAUCUGUCCUUUCACAUCAAGGAGAAUAAACCACCCGGCACGUUCCAUCAACUCCAGAUACCCUCCAUCCAUCAUUUGUGUCAGAACGUCAGCGUUUCCUACAAACUACUAGCAGCGGAAGGUCUGCCGUUUCAGUACAACGAGAACACCACCGGGGUGAGCGUGACACGGCGCCUCGAUCGAGAAGAGAGAGAGAGAUACGAACUGAUUGCCAAGUGUACUGUGAGAGAGGGCUUCCGAGAAAUGCAGGUCGAGGUGCCCUUCCUGGUGAAUGUGUUGGAUGAGGAUGACUCUCCUCCCUUCCUUCCCAAUGGCACCAAUACUGCAGAUGCUAUUGUGGAAUACAAUAGAAAAGAGGGGACUGUCCUUGCAACGCUCACUGUAUAUGAUGCAGACACCACACCUAUUUAUCCUCUUGAAAGCAGCAGAAAGAAAUACACAGGAACCAUCAUCACAAAUGAUCCAUGGAUCAAUGAGACAUUCCGGGUGGAGCACAUCUUCCAUGAAGUCCACUUCAGCCCAAAUGGCAGCCAAGUGAGGGGAACUCUACAUGAAUACAAGCUAGUACUGAAUAAAAGUAUUUCCGUGACAGAACAUCGUUACUUCCAAUUGGAUGUUUUGGUGAACGACACAGAAUUUCCCGGUCCGGAAAGAUCGGUGAUGCUUCACUUCAAUGUUUCUAUCCUUCCUGUCAGUAUUCAGUUUCCAAACGUGACUUACCAAUUCACAGUGAACAGAAAUGCUGGACGCUUUGCACAAAUAGGAAAAAUCUGCAUUGAAAACUGUAUGAAAUUCUAUGGGGUGAACAUCACCUACAAGCUCCUGUCCCCCAAUGUGAGCUGCUAUGCAGUGGGCAUACUUCAAGGCCGAGAAGACAAAUAUGGAAGCCUUUAUGUGAAUGAUUCCUCUGUGCUACACAGACCUGAAUGCAAGGAAAUACAAUACACUGUUCAAGCUACGGACAGGCAGAGCAGGAAACACGCCAAGACCCUUCUCACCAUUGUCUUGGAAGGCUCUCUUCUUAAAAACAAAGAGGGCUGUCUUGACUCUUGUGCUGUAAGCAAGAACCGUGCUGAAUGUGAGGAGUGUGGUGGCCUGGGAGUGUUGACAGGAAGAUGCCAGUGGAGACAGGGGAGUGGAAAAGGAAUCACUACAAACUAUUCCACGUGCACACCGAGCAUCAAGACUUGUCCGGACGGCACCUGUGAUGUGGUUGAGAGCAGAGAUCUAGCAGUGUGUCCCCAGGACUGCACAAGUGGAAACAUCAUUGGCGGUCAUGGGAAAGGCAUUGGAAAUCUUGGAAUUAAGUCAGGACAUGGGAUCUGCUACUGCUACCCAAGACGGAACUGUUAUUGUGAGAAAGGUGAUAUCAAGGAGCAAUUAUGUGAUGACGUGUGCAAGACUGUGAUAGCGGGGGCUGUGCUGCUGUCCUUCAUUAUCUCCGUGCUGCUUUCCUCUUAUUUCAUCCAUCGUUACCACAAGAAUUCUCCAAAGCCGCCUAUUGCCUCAGCAGAGAUGACUUUCCGGCGCCCAGCCCAGUCUUAUCCCAUCAGUUAUUCCUCUACUAAUGUCCGUCGGCCUUCUUUAGAUUCCAUGGAGAACCAGGUGUCUGUAGAUACCUUUAAAAUACCAGAAGACCCGAAGUGGGAAUUCCCUCGGAAGAACCUGGUUUUGGGCAAGACUCUAGGGGAAGGAGAGUUUGGAAAGGUUGUUAAGGCAACAGCGUUUAGACUCAAGGGAAGAGCCGGCUACACCACCGUGGCAGUGAAAAUGCUAAAAG